GUCUUGUUAAAAAUGCAACAGCUAAACCUCACUCCAUUAAACUACUCCUCUUCUCUCCUUUUUUUUCUUCAAUGCAGAGGCAAUCUCUAGGCUCACCGGUCUCGAAGCUUAACAGCCAUGGAGGAGCUCCUAAAGAAGAUACUCUAAUGUCGGAUACUCUUUCCCUCCCUGCCUAUGACGACGACGGCGGACACCGCAAAGCUACAAAACCUCGCCGAUUCUCAAUGUCGUCUUCUUCACCUUCGUCGUCGCCUUCAAAACCUGAGAAACUCGUUCACUUUAUACCAAUUCUCACUUUCCUCUGCUUUCUCGUCCUUUACCUCGUCUCUCACAGUCCCUCUCAAUCAGAUUUGUCUCAGUUUAAUGGAUUCAAGCAAUCUUUGAAGCAUAUUGAUUCAGUUACUGACGUUAGCGGAUUUAGCGAACUCCGGAGAGGUGAUGUUCUUGCGAGACAAAGCCUGAGGAAUUUGCGAGAAAUCGCUGACAAACGCGCCUCUGCGAAAUCUCGGGCACACAGAAAAAUCGCCGAUUUCUAAACCGCAUUUCCCGGUUAAUCUUCGCUUCCUUAAUUUCCGCACUCGUACAUUUGCAUGUGAAACAAUAUAUCGGUUCAUUUUAUUUUCACCCGAAUGAUAGAUGAUGAUGAGUGUUAAAAUGCGCUGAUAUGAUAGGCAUAAGAUAGUGAUUAUAGAGUUGAAUUUGUUAGUGUGCGCCCGCCAAGUGGUAGUCUGGAAUCGACCUGGGUUUUGGAAAUGCCAGCUGGAAUUUAUAGUCGUAGUGUGUCGCGGAUGAUAGUAUGACUGUGUCGCUUGGUUUUGUUUUGUUUUAUUCAUUAAUCACAACAAAAAUAAAAAUAAAACAACCACUCAAUUGUUUUUUAAUUAA